AUGGCACCUCCUUGCACUUGGGAUAAAAAUUUUCAUCCAAAUUCAAGCUCGAAGCACCUGUUUUCGGCUGACAGUUUUGGUACCAUCACAGUGUCAGCUACCAUGUUUCUCUCUCCCACCAUGCUCUCAAAUGCUUUGAACCUCCCCAAAAAGAUUCACUCCUCAAAUCCACAAAUUCAUCACAGUUCGUUAUCUGUUCCCACCCCUGAAAUCCAUGACAAAAAACAUGAAUUUAACCCAAACCCUUCAAAUUCAGCCACUAAAACAGCCCCAUGGAUGAAGGGUCCUCUUGUUCUUGAACCCAAUCAAGUUGUGGACUUCUCAAAACCUAAGCACAGGAACAAGUCUUCUGAUAACAAAGACGAAAAAUCAUUGACCCAUAAAGUUAGCGGAGGAAGAGGCAAGCACGCAAUGAAGAAAAUCUUGUACAGUAUAGAUAAUCUUGAACAAGAAAGUCAAGAAUUAAGGGAUACCCAGAAUAAUUUACAACAAAUCGAGUUUGAUUUGUCAUUGGGGAAGUUAGAUGAGGAUAGUGAUGGCGGAGAUAAGAGAUGGUUUCGCCGGAAACUGCCGUGGGAAAGGGAGGAAAGGAUGGUGUUUAGAAGGAUGAAGAAGGAGAAAGUGACGACUGCUGCUGAGUUGAGCCUUGAUGUGAGGCUGCUUGAAAGAUUGAGAGGCGAGGCUAGGAAGAUGAGAAAUUGGGUGAAGGUUAAGAAAGUAGGAGUAAAUGAAGGUGUUGUUGAACAAAUUAGGUUGAUUUGGAAUACUGAUGAGCUUGCUAUGCUCAAAUUUGAUAUGCCUUUGUGUCGAAAUAUGGAUAGAGCUCGCGAAAUCGUGGAGAUUAAGACAGGAGGCUUUGUGGUAUGGAGUAAGAAGGAUACUCUUGCUAUCUAUAGAGGAUGCAAUCAUAAAGAAAUGCACACCAGUUUUGAUGGUGGUCAAGAGCUUAAUUCUUGCAAAACUAGUUAUCUGGGCGGCGUUCCUUUUUUGCGUGAUAAAUUUGGUAUGGACUCCACAUAUCAAAUGGUUGCUGGGAAUGAUGGUAAAGAGGAGACGAUGGUGGUUCAAGGGUCACUUUACGAAAGGGAAGCUGAUAGAUUAUUGGAUGGAUUGGGACCUCGGUUUGUUGAUUGGUGGAUGCCAAAGCCAUUGCCCAUUGAUGCAGACAUGCUUCCAGAAUUGGUUCCUGGAUACAAGCCUCCAUCAAGGCGUUGCCCAAUGAAUGCUAGAUCUAAGCUAACAGACGAUGAGUUAACGCACUUGAGGAGGCUUGCUUACCCUUUACCUACCCAUUUUGUCCUUGGGAGAAACCGAAACCUCCAAGGCUUGGCUGCAGCCAUCUUAAAACUGUGGGAGAAAUGUCACAUUGCAAAGAUCGCUGUGAAAUGGGGCAUUCCCAACACAAGAAAUGAGCAGAUGGCUUCGGAGCUGAAAGUUCUCACUGGCGGAGUGUUAUUACUACGUAAUAAAUUCUAUAUAAUACUAUACAGAGGCAAGGAUUUCCUUCCUCCUGGUGUUGCAGACCUAGUUGCUGACAGAGAAAUCGCGCUGAAAAGUUUCCAGCUUCAAGAAGAAGCAGCACGCACUCACACAAUUGAAACCUUUCACUACAUCGAUGAACCAUUAUCAGAUUCUAGCACCGUUGGUACAUUACAAGAAUUUCAGAGUAUUCAGUCAAAACAUCAAGGAUUCAAGCCUAGAACUAGUGAAGCUGAAGUUCAAGUAGAAACCGAAAAGUUAAAAUUAGAAAAAGAAAUACGGAAUCAAGAGCGCAAGUAUUUCAUUCUUAAGAUGAAGAUAGAUAAGGUGUCGAAAGAGUUGGAGAAGUUAAACUCUUCAUGGGAGCCCAUUGAGCCGAAUGAGGACCGAGAGAUCAUAACAAGUGAAGAGAGAGAGUGUUUGCGAAAGAUGGGGUUGAAGAUGGAUAGCACAUUAGUACUUGGACGACGGGGCGUCUUUGAUGGUGUAAUAGAAGGUUUGCAUCAACACUGGAAGCAUAGGGAAAUAGUGAAAGUGAUCACAAUGCAAAGGGCGUUUUCGAGGAUCUUGUACACUGCACAAAGUCUUGAAGCCGAAAGUGGUGGGAUACUUGUUUCCAUAGAGAAGCUGAAACUCGGGUAUGCUAUAAUUAUGUAUCGUGGGAAGAACUAUAAACGCCCUUUAAAGUUUUCAAGAAACCUCCUUAGUAAAAGAGAAGCGUUACGCAAGUCUUUGGAGAUGCAAAGAAUUGGGUCAUUGAAGUUUUUUGCAAACAUGAGGCAGCAGGCAAUCUAUGAACUGAAGUGCAAAUUGGACGUUUUGAAGCACAGAGACAUGAAUGAAGAAAUGGCGAGAUAAUUCUGUUGGUGGAAGUCUCCGACACAGCUGGUUCUGUGCAUGCUGAGUGGUGGGCAUGGCUAUUCAUCUCCUAGUUCUACUUCGCUUGUAGAUCCAAUAUCGGCAGAUUGAUAUCUGCCAGAUAGCAACCCGUGUCGGCAUAACUGAACAGGCAGACAGAUUCAUGGAGAUGGAAAGCUCGAGAGUAAACAAUGGAGUAGGCCAGGGUCGUCGAUCUGAGCAGAUAAAAACCUGCAGGUCUUCUUCCAUGGUUUUCCCGAGCAGAGAGGGUAGAUACUGAAUGAUUAAGAGAAUCUGUAUAAUUUUUAAAAUGAAUAAUUGGUUCAAUAGACAAUCUUAUGAUUGUUUGAUAAGCAUUAUGUAUUACUAGAUUACCGUGUAAAUGUAUCACUUUGCAUAUAUAGAUUACAACAAUUGC